ACCUGCUCCUCCGGAGGGACGAGGUAACCGCCUGCAGUGGGCCAGCCCAGCGGCGCGGGUUGCGGGCACAUGCCGGGCUUGGAGCAUCGGAGCCGCGGGUUUCCUGCGGGCGCCUCAGUCCAGGUCCCACCCAGUCCCCGGCAAGAGCGGCUGCUGGGUUCCUGCAGGGAGAAGAGCUCACCUCCGGCUCCCCUCCCAGAGAGCGUCAGCCCGAGAGCAAGUAAACCUCGUUUCCGCAUCAUGGGGGAUGUGAAACUGGUGACAUCUACUCGAGUCUCCAAAACCUCGCUGACGCUCAGUCCCCCUGUUCCUGCUGAAGCACCAGCAUUUACUCUUCCUCCUCGGAAUAUCCGUGUGCAGCUGGGAGCCACCGCCAGAUUUGAGGGAAAGGUCAGAGGCUACCCUGAGCCUCAGAUCACGUGGUACAGAAAUGGGCAUCCUGUCCCAGAGGGAGACCAUUACAUUGUGGACCGCAGCAUUCGGGGGAUAUUCAGCUUGGUAAUCAAAGGGGUACAGGAAGGUGAUGGUGGUAAAUACACCUGUGAGGCUGCAAAUGAUGGCGGGGUUCGUCAAGUGACUGUGGAAUUGACAGUGGAAGGAAAUUCCUUGAAGAAAUACAGCCUGCCAUCCAGUGCCAAAACCCCAGGGGGAAGACUUACUGUUCCAUCUGUGGAGCAUAGGCCAAGCAUCUGGGGAGAGAGUCCACCCAAGUUUGCUACAAAACCCAGCAGAGUUGUUGUGCGCGAAGGCCAAACAGGCAAAUUUUCAUGUAAGAUAACAGGACGACCUCAGCCUCAAGUAACUUGGUUUAAGGGUGAUAUUCAGCUGCAGCAAAAUGAGCAUUUCAACAUGUUUGAGAAAACAGGCAUCCAAUUCCUGGAAAUCCAAAAUGCUCAGCUUACUGAUUCAGGAAUUUACACGUGCACAGUGGUAAACAGCGCUGGGAAGGCAUCUGUGUCUGCAGAGCUCACCGUUCAAGGUCCAGAUAAGACUGACGCAUACACUCAGCCACCAUGCAUGCCAUCAAAACCAACAACACCUGCUGUUAAAGCUGUUGAAAAUUCAGAUUUCAAACAGGCAACUAGCAAUGGGAUUGCUAAAGAGCUGAAAUCCAGCAGCACUGAACUCAUGGUUGAAACCAAAGACAGGGUGGCAGCAAAGAAAGAGACCUUUUACACUGCCAGAGAAGCCAAAGGCAGUAAGCAGGGACAGUACCAAGAAGCCAGUGCAGUGUCUCCUCAAGAACCUAAAGAAGGAAGAAAGGGAUCUCAGGUCUUGCAGAAAACUUCAAGCACCAUCACACUGCAAGCUGUCAAACUGCAACCAGAACCAAAGGCAGAACCCCAGGCCAUUUUCAUCAGACAGGGUGAAGACAGGAAAAGGGCUGUGCAGCCCCUGAUGUCAGCUCAACAAACUCCAUCUGUGACAGGGCAAAUCAGUCCAAGGAGCAGAGAAGCAGAAAACAGAUCUGGAGCCCGGAAAGCUGUAAUGGAGGAGAAGAGGGAACCUCUGGGAAUACCCCCUCAGUUUGUGACCCGUCCACAGAGCCUGGAAGCAUCAGAAGGCCAGGAGAUUAAAUUCAAGAGCAGAGUUUCAGGGAAACCAAAACCAGAUGUGAAGUGGUUCAAAGAGGGUGAACCUAUUAAAGCUGGACAAGAUGUCCAAAUAUAUGAAGAAGAUGGAAUUCAUUGCCUAUGGUUAAAGAAAGCCUGUUUGGGGGACAGUGGAUCAUACAGUUGUGCAGCUUUCAGCCCCAAAGGCCAGACUUCCACCAGCUGGUUGUUAACUGUCAGAAGGCCUAAAGUUCAAGAGGUUGCUCCAUGCUUUUCCGGUGUCUUGAAAGGAUGCACUGUGAGUGAAGGGCAAGACUUUGUGCUGCAGUGCUGUGUAGGAGGCGUACCUGUGCCUCAGAUCACAUGGCUUCUCAAUGACCAGCCAAUUCAGUAUGCCCAUUCCACUUUUGAAGAUGGAACUGCAAAAUUGACUGUCCAAGAUGCCCUACCAGAAGAUGAUGGCAUUUAUACCUGUCUGGCUGAAAACAACACAGGACAGGCAUCUUGCAGCGCUCAGGUCACAGUCAAAGAAAAGAAGAGCAGCAAGAGUACAGAAAGUGCACAGGCUGCCAAGUUAAACAAGACUUUUGCACCCGUCUUCCAUAAAGGCCUGACUGACCUCAAAGUAAUGGAUGGAAGUCAAGUGAUAAUGACUGUGGAGGUAUCAGCUAACCCCCCUCCUGAAAUUAUCUGGCUCCACAAUGGGAAAGAAAUCCAAGAGACAGAAGAUUUCCACUUUGAGAAGAAAGGCAAUGAGUACAGUCUGUACAUCCAGGAAGUAUUUCCUGAAGACACUGGCAAAUACACCUGUGAAGCCUGGAAUGAAUUAGGAGAAACUCAAACACAGGCUACAUUAACAGUACAAGAACCUCAGGAUGGUAUUCAGCCCUGGUUCAUUAGCAAACCGCGAUCAGUGACAGCAGCUCCUGGGCAAAAUGUCCUUAUAUCCUGUGCCAUUGCUGGAGAUCCUUUCCCCACUGUUCACUGGUUUAAAGAUGGGCAAGAAAUAAUGCCGGGAACAGCAUGUGAAAUCCUGCAAAAUGAAGACAUCUUCACACUGAUCUUGAGGAAUGUGCAGUCUCGUCAUGCAGGGCAAUAUGAAAUUCAGCUCAGGAACCAAGUUGGAGAAUGCAGCUGCCAGGUGUCUCUGAUGCUGCGGGAGAGUUCAGCUUCCACAGCAGAAAUGCUCAGAGAUGGGAGGGAAUCAGCCAGCUCUGGAAAGCGAAGAGAUGGUGGAGAUCAUGGUAAACUAACAUUUGGUAGAACAAGUGGCUUCAAAAAGAUCGGCAGUGAAACCAGAGCAGCUGAGGAAGAGCAGGAAGACGUCCGAGGUGUGCUGAAGAGGAGAGUGGAAACUCGGGAACACACAGAGGAGAGCCUGAGGCAGCAGGAAGCUGAGCAACUUGAUUUCCGUGACAUUUUAGGCAAGAAAGUCAGCACCAAAAGUUUUUCUGAGGAAGAAUUGAAAGAAAUCCCAGCCGAGCAAAUGGACUUCCGAGCAAACCUGCAGCGGCAGGUCAAACCCAAGACCUUGUCAGAGGAGGAAAGGAAAGUUCAUGCUCCUCAGCAGGUGGACUUUCGCUCUGUGCUGGCCAAGAAAGGCACCCCAAAAACCCCAUUGCCAGAGAAGGCGCCACCUCCUAAACCAGCAAUUACAGAUUUCAGAUCUGUGCUGGGCUCAAAGAAAAAGCCACCUGCAGAGAAUGGUAGUGCUAACACCCCAGUACCAAAUGCCUGCACCAAUUCCGAAGCCCAGAAUACAACCCCUAAUUCUCAAGCCCCUGUUGCCAAACCAGCAGUGAAAAAAGAAGAGAAGAAUGACAGAAACUGUGAACAUGGGUGUGCAGCAGUGGAUGGUGGAAUAAUUGGGAAAAAAGCUGAAAACAGAGCACCAGCAAGCAAAGCACCAGCAAGCAAAGGAACAGCACCCUCUUUUACAGAGAAGCUUCAGGAUGCUCAAGUAGUAGAUGGUGAAAAAUUGGUCUUACAGUGUCGGAUUUCCUCUGAUCCCCCUGCAGCUGUCACCUGGACUGUAGACAGCAAAACCAUCAAAUCAUCAAAGUCCAUUGUCAUCUCCCAAGAAGGGACACUGUGUUCACUUACCAUUGAGAAGGCUAUGCCUGAAGAUGCAGGCGAAUACAAAUGCAUAGCUGAGAAUGCAGCAGGAAAAGCUGAAUGUGCUUGCAAAGUGCUGGUAGAAGAUGCCUCAUCCACAAAGACCUCAAAGCCUACUGAGAAGAAGACUAAGAAGCCUAAGACCACACUUCCCCCUGUGCUGCCAACAGAGAGGCUGUUUGUGUCUGCAAAACAGGAUAUUCAGCCAGACCUUCCAGCAACCCUUUGCAAUCUGCAUGGUUUGAUGAAGUCCAGUGACAGUCUCAAUAUACUCAGUGAAGCAACAGUGAAGAAGAAACCAGCUCCAAAGACUCCUCCAAAAGCAGCUGCUCCUCCUCAGAUUACUCAGUUCCCAGAAGAUAGAAAAGUCCGUGCGGGUGAAUCAGUGGAAUUGUUUGCCAAGGUGGUAGGAACAGCACCAAUAACUUGCACCUGGAUGAAAUUCCGUAAGCAGAUUGAAGAAAAUGAAUAUAUUAAAAUUGAGAAUGCUGAAAACACCAGCAAGCUAACAAUAUCAUCAACAAAGCAGGAACACUGUGGAUGUUACACCCUAGUUGUAGAGAACAAACUUGGCAGCAGACAAGCUCAAGUCAACCUUACAGUUGUUGAUAAACCAGAUCCACCGGCUGGAACACCUUGCGCAUCAGACAUACGGAGUUCCUCCCUCACUCUCUCAUGGUAUGGCUCCUCUUAUGAUGGUGGAAGUGCAGUGCAGUCCUACACUGUGGAGAUCUGGAACUCAGUGGAUAACAAAUGGACAGAUCUCACCACCUGCCGCAGCACCUCUUUCAAUGUGCAGGACCUGCAGGCUGACCGAGAGUACAAAUUCCGUGUACGAGCUGCUAAUGUCUAUGGCAUCAGCGAGCCCAGUCAAGAAUCUGAGCUGGUAAAAGUUGGAGAGAAACAAGAAGAACUUAAAGAGGAUGAAGUGGAGCUAUCUGAUGAUGAAGGGAAAGAAACUGAGGUCGAGUAUCGAACAGUUACUAUCAACACUGAACAAAAAGUUUCAGAUGUCUAUAAUAUUGAAGAAAGACUGGGAUCGGGGAAAUUUGGACAAGUCUUUAGGCUUGUUGAAAAGAAGACUGGAAAAGUUUGGGCAGGAAAAUUUUUCAAAGCAUAUUCUGCUAAGGAAAAAGAAAACAUAAGAGAUGAAAUCAGCAUCAUGAACUGUCUACAUCAUCCAAAACUUGUCCAAUGUGUAGAUGCCUUCGAAGAAAAAGCCAACAUCGUUAUGGUCUUGGAAAUGGUUUCUGGAGGAGAACUCUUUGAACGAAUCAUUGAUGAAGACUUUGAACUUACAGAGAGAGAGUGCAUUAAAUAUAUGAAGCAGAUUUCAGAAGGAGUUCAGUACAUCCAUAAGCAGGGUAUUGUCCACUUGGAUUUGAAGCCAGAAAACAUUAUGUGUGUCAACAAGACUGGUACAAGUAUCAAACUCAUUGACUUUGGACUUGCAAGAAGAUUAGAAAAUGCAGGUUCUCUGAAAGUUCUCUUUGGGACACCUGAGUUUGUGGCUCCAGAAGUUAUAAACUAUGAACCUAUUGGAUAUGAAACAGAUAUGUGGAGUAUAGGAGUUAUCUGCUACAUCUUGGUCAGUGGACUUUCUCCUUUCAUGGGAGACAACGACAACGAAACCCUAGCCAAUGUUACCUCAGCAACGUGGGACUUUGAUGAUGAGGCUUUUGAUGAAAUCUCUGAUGAUGCCAAGGACUUUAUCAGCAAUCUCCUAAAGAAAGAUAUGAAGAGUCGCUUAAAUUGUACUCAAUGUCUUCAGCAUCCUUGGCUACAAAAAGACACCAAAACCAUGGAAGCCAAAAAACUUUCCAAAGAUAGGAUGAAGAAAUAUAUGGCCAGAAGAAAAUGGCAGAAAACAGGCCAUGCUGUCCGAGCAAUAGGAAGACUUUCGUCCAUGGCAAUGAUUUCUGGUAUGAGUGGGAGGAAGGCCUCUGGGAGCUCGCCCACCAGCCCUAUAAACGCAGACAAAGUAGAGAAUGAAGAUGCUUUCCUUGAAGAAGUGGCUGAAGAAAAGCCCCAUGUAAAGCCAUAUUUUACUAAAACAAUCCUUGACAUGGAGGUUGUGGAAGGAAGUGCUGCUAGAUUUGACUGCAAAAUUGAAGGCUAUCCUGACCCUGAGGUAAUGUGGUACAAAGAUGACCAGCCUGUCAAGGAGUCCCGUCACUUCCAGAUAGAUUAUGACGAGGAUGGGAACUGUUCUUUGACUAUUUCUGAAGUAUGUGGGGACGAUGAUGCCAAAUACACCUGCAAAGCUGUCAACAGCCUUGGGGAAGCCACAUGCACCGCAGAGCUCCUCGUGGAAACAAUGGGAAAAGAAGGAGAAGAUGAAGAUGAAGAGGAGGAAGAAUGAAACAAGGCUCAAAGAAAAAAAAAUUAAAAAAAAAAUCUAUUUAAAGACUAUCCUUAUAAGGCUCAGAAAAACAAGUUAUCAAAAGCACCUUGUGUGAUACAUAGGUCUUUGGGGGGGUGUUUUUUCAGCAUGAUCAGUUGAUACCUGUUUGCUUUCUCUAUGGGCAUUAAUUCAAAUCAGCAGGCGAUUUUAAGUUGCUAGCAUGAUUGCAUUUACUUUAAGCAAGUCAUCAGCUAAGUUGCCCAGUCGAUUUUUAAAUCAAAUGUAUGGAAAACAAAUCUACAGCUAUAUUCUGAACAUCUUAAAGAGAAACAGCCUAUUUACUGAGCUCAUUGCUCUAUACCAUUCCUUUCCACAGCCAAAACUGCAGCUAAGUUGGCUCCCCAAGAUCUACUUUACAAGGAAUCAUCUGCCAGAGAUGCAGGGAAUCUAAUCAGUCCUAGGAAACAGGCUGCUUCCUGAGCAGCGUCUUCUGUAAGGGAAGGUCUGGCGCAGCCUGCACAGCCAUUUGUACAUUAGUAGGGUUUAUUUCUCAUUUGUUUCAAACAGAAUUUCAGAGUCCUAACUUCAACCACAUUUACUGCCCUUUCUCAGUGUGCUGUUAGUGCUGCUGUAACACUGGCUGAAGUUAAACACUCAGGUGGUUUCCUGAGACACUGCUGAUCCCGCUUGUAACCAGCUGAUCCCACCUUGUUGCCUUUCCCUUACAGAACCUGUCACUUCAGUGCAGUUACAGCUGCCUACUGAAGAAACAGACUGAAACCACAAAGACUGCAAAUAUUUCCUGUUCUUCUGGUCAGUCUAAUAAUGACUUAUGAUUUGUAUGUAUGCUGCUGUGAAAAAACAGGUUAUUGCACAAUGCGUGACUUAGAUGUGCAUGUGUGUGAAUGGAAUCCCAGGUUAGUUACAGUUUUACUUGCAUUUAUUUGGCGAUUGCAAAACAGAUUUCAACUGAUGAUAAGCUGGAAACUCCCACAGAUUUUUGGAGUAGCCAAAAAGAUAGUAACCUGGAUUACAAACUCCUUUAUACUUAGCAGUUUCCAAAGAAUCUUAACCUAUAUAGGACCUAUUCCUACUUUAUGAGCUUGACUGUCCUGUUUUUGUCUCGAACCUGCACCAGUAAGGCUGCUGCAUUUUUUCAAAAAUGCAGAAAACUAAAACCAAAUGGAAACACCCAAACCCCAGGGUUUUUCUCAGCAAUGGUUAAUGCACUCAGACUUAGUAACUUUGCUUUCCUUUCACGGUAUUGGCACUUUUUAAUUUUUUGUUGUUGUUGUUGUUCAGAAGUAAUAUCAGAGGCUGCAAGGUGAUAUGCAUAAUCCAAACCAGCGUGUCUUACAUCUAUGUAUCAUUCCAAAAGUGAUUUUUUUCUUUUCCACUUUGUGUGCGUAAAGUGCAACCAUUUGCAUUUCCGAGGUUACCUCUUCUAAAAAAACUAUUACCUUAACUCCUCACCAGUAAGUAGUCAGUGUACUUUCAUACAGGUGUGUACAAUAUCAACCUUAGCUUGUUUGAUAUUACUUAGUUGUGUACGUUUCAUAUGAUUUGCUCUUCUACAUUCAAAGCUCAACUAAUGUGGAUGACACAGUGGGUUUUAACUGCUUUACUCUUUGUUGCUAAGUUCAGAUUGCCAGCAUGUCUUUUCUUUUCGAUUGAUAAAAACCUCAUUAUACUAAACACAGUAUUGCCACAACUCCUUAUACAGAAAGGUUUUGAAUCUGAUUUAGAGCAUACAAAGCUUUUCACUUUUUUUUUUUUUAAUGUUUUAGGCAACAAUGGGGUGUAUUUUGUACCUUAAUAAAAAUAUGCUAAUGUUCUCCCAGUUUGUUAAACCAUCAGAAUUGCAAAGAUGAGAACGCUACGGCUGUAGUUACUCACAGUUCCUAAAUAAAUAAUACCACAAAGCA